AUGAAUAAUGAAGUGAAUGAAGGUUUAGAUUAUACUAUUGCAGUAAUAUUUAUGUGUUGUAUUGUUAUAUCGUGCUACUUGACUCGGCUAGUGGGAGGAUUUACAGUAACCAACCAAAAUAAUAAUCCCUACAAGUUGUUGGCUAGACCUAUCCAAGUUAGUCGAGUUUCGAAUCCAUUUUCUGUCUCGAUUUUAAAUCAACAAGCGGCAUCUACGGAGAAUGGAAUUGAACUGGAAGUAAGGAGUAAAACUGUCGGUUUGUUCAACAGCUUUUGGGGAGUCAAAAUCGAUCAAACGUAUCGUAUAAUCAGUGAUAUUCAAGAGCGUAUUCGUAAGACAGGAUGGAAGAGACGGUUGCUGAGUGAUGCCUUUGCUAGUAUUUCUGAAGUUAAUAGCCAUUCCAUAAGAAUCGAAGAAUGCAAGCCGAACAUUGUAAAUUGUAAAUUAUUACAUAAUCAACGGAUAUCUCUGGGUUCUUUACCGAGAAGUUCGUAUCCGUUAGUAAUUAUCAUAGAAGAAGAGAGGGUCGAUGUUUUAGAAGAUAAAUAUGUUAUCGCGCUCAUUAUGGUAAUUCAUCUACCUGACGAGUUCUUUAAGCAAAAUUGUGAAAUUCUACAAAAAUCAGUAUUAACAAUUGAUGGCCACAUAUAUCAACUUCAGAAAAUUUUUGCUGUAGAUCAAGAAAAUGAAUCUUUGCAAACCGAAUCUGACCUUAUUUCAACUGAUAAUACCAUUGAAAAUGAAGAAUUAAAUAAUAUAGGCAAAUUAAAACAACAUCACCCUGCCUAA